CCGGCCGGCCCAGCGGGAAGGGAACGAGCGGCGCCCAGCCAUUGGUUAUCCCGCUGGGGCAGUCGCUGAGGGGAGCUUUGAUUGGCCUGCGGCGGGAGAGCUGCUCGCUGAUUGGCUGCACACUUGGCGGGGGAUUCGUGACGGAGUGAGGGCCCUGUGGCGGCGGCGCGCUCUGUCUGUCCGUGUGUCCGUGUGUGUGUCCGUGUGUGUGUCCGUGUGUGUGUCCGUGUGUCCGUGUGUGUGUCCGACCCUCGCUCCCUCCGGCCGGUGCCGGGCCCGUAGGACACCCCCCGGCUGCUCCCGUUGUUUCGCUGUCCCCUGUGCCUCAGCCGUGGAGCGGCUUCCUGUGAGCGGAGAGUGCACAAUGGUUUGGAGCCCUUCUGUCAAGGGUCGUCGUAAUCAUGAUUGAUUUCACCACUUUAAUCACAGGUAAUUACGGGAUGUGCUGCUCAUUGCUCUGCUGUGUCAGGAGAUGGAUUGGGACCAGUUUGACUUGAACCCUAAAACAAUUGCUGCCCUGAAAAAAGCUGACAUAAAAUCAGUAAAAGAGAUUUUAAACCUCUCUGCAGCAGACUUGCAGAGAUUGAUGAAGCUCUCCAGUGCAGACAUCCAGUGUCUGCUGAAAACUGUCUCUCAUGCACUGAGGAGGAACAGCAUGCUCACAGCACUUCAGCUCUACCAAGAUAAAGAUCAUUUCACCUCCCAGCACCAGAAGCUGAGCCUGGGAUGUUCAGUGCUAGACAACUUGUUAAAAGGUGGCAUUCCUUUAGUGGGAAUCACGGAGCUUGCUGGGGAAAGUUCUGCUGGGAAGACUCAGAUUAGUUUACAGCUGUGCCUGUGUGUGCAGUAUCCUUACAAGUAUGGUGGAUUAGAGUCUGGAGCUGUGUACAUUUGUACAGAAGAUGUGUUCCCAAGCAAACGUUUGCAGCAGCUCAUAGAUCAACAGCGUAAGCUGCGUGCAGAUGUUCCAGCUGAAAUCAUACAGAAGAUCAGAUUUGGAAACAGUAUUUUUGUUGAGCGGGCAGCAGACCUGGACACCUUCCAGCAGUGCAUCACGAGGAGGCUGUCCCUGCUGCUGGCUCGGGGCAUGGUGCGCCUCGUGGUCAUCGACUCCAUCGCCGCCCUGUUCCGCUCCGAGUUCGGCCCGGCCGAGUCGGCUCUGAAGGCUCGCUAUUUGCAGACCUUUGGGGCACAGCUUCACAGCUUGAGCACUAAGUUCAGGACUCCCAUCAUGUGCAUUAACCAGGUGACGGAUGCAGUGAGCGAGUCGGAAGCUGCUCAGUGCAGUUGUAGGGUAGUGGGUAGCAGAGUCACUCCAGCACUUGGAAUAACCUGGUCCAAUCAGCUGCUGAUGAGACUGAUGGUCAGCCGGAUAUCACUGCCCGGACUCUCACCUGGAGCAGCAUCACACUGCGCUGGAAGCGUGAGGACUUUAAGUGUAGUUUUUGCUCCUCAUCUCCCUCCAUCCUUUUGCUACUAUAAAGUACAGUUGGAAGGUGUAAAAGGAAUAAAAUAACUCUUUUACACAGUAAAGUGCCUUCCUCCAAAAAUGUACCAGAACUUUGUUUCAGGAAGAAUUACCGGUGAAAUGCAAUUCUUAGAUGAGAGAAAUUGAUGGUGAAGUAUAUAAACAAUGCUAUGACUACAUUUAGCCUCAUCUGCAUUGUGAAAGAUGAUCUUUUUACCCUUGGAUAUUCUACUUUUCCUUGUGAGAUGAGUGUCCUGGAGGUUGUUCUGAAGGAGAGGGAAGCUGUAGGCAGGUGGAAGCUGCACAGCAGAGUGGGAUGCAGCAAUCCGCAUGAGGGAGUAGACCUGAUGUCUAAUUUUAUUUUAAUAGCAUGCUCAUCUAGAAACAGCAUUUUGUACCCUGUUUCCAGACCCAACAGGACUUGAAAUUCAAACAGUUUACGUUGCCUGCUGGUCGUUCUAGGUCUCAUGUUGCAAAUUAAGGACAGCUAUUCUUUGUCACAAAAAAGCUGUUCUAUUUUUAAACCAUUUGUUAUUAAGAUUUUAAAGAAAAUAAUCCCAUAAAGGUAAUUGAUUUUAACAUCUUACUUUAAGAAUUAAAAUUGCACUGCCUUUGUACUAGAGGAAUAUAUCUGGAUUCGUAGCACUCGAAAAUUUUUUUUUCUAAUGGUUCAUUUCCACUCUUUUCCUGCUUUCCAUUCCCUUCCCUUCAUAGCAAAAGCCUCAUUUGAAGGACAGCAAACUACAUCUGCCAUCCCCUUGCUCUCUUUGCAUAGCCUCAGGGCAAGGUCUCUGUGUUCUUCCUGAUCCUCUGUCCUGCUCUGUGUUUUGCUGGAUCAGCAUUCUUCAUGGGCUUCUGGAUGGCUGCCUCUCAUGUCCUGUGUCCCUGCUGCUGGGCUCUCAGCUCAGCCAUGAUCCUGAAAGGCACCUUGAGCUCUUUUCAUCCAUUGAGAUGCUAUUGCUCUUCUCAGGUGAUUUUUGUUCAGUUAGAGCUUCACAUGGCUUUUCUUCCCAUUGUUGUGAUAUUUGUCACUUUUUUCUGCUGUCCUCAGACCACUGCCAUGACAUCCACUCUUCUAUGGCUGACUUUUCCCAUUGCUCUGUUCUGUGUGAAAGCAAGCCAGCUAAAGUUACACUGUCCAGAGGCCUCUGUUCUGCGAGUGAUGCUCACUUGUAUCACAUACUCAUCAAGCUCUCACGUUUCCCCUCCUCCUGCUGCUGGCCCUGACAAGAACUCCACGUGUUUCUGUGAAGUGACAUUGCUCAGGUCUGUCUUUUGGCCAAGGAACCCUGUGUCUGUGAAACAGCUGCCUCCUCUGCCUUUCCCCAGUCACACUCCUUCAGGACAUUCAUCCAUCUUUUCCUGUGGAAGCAUGCAGAUGGGUAGCUGAAAAGGAAAGUUUUGUCUGGCUGUAAGCUGCCUCAGCUGGAACUAUGGCAGAAGAUUUCUCAAGGGACAGCUGAGUAUGACUCAAGGAAAAGAGGCCCUGUGUGAGUGCCUUGGGAAGUUCCAGAGCAGAACAGGCUCAGCUUGAAGCUGAAGGAAUGAGACCGUAAGGAAGCAGAAAGGAUCAGUUGAUUUCAGUGCCUUCUGCAACCCCUUCAGAAGUCUCAGGGGCCCUUGUGCAAAUAAUAGCACAAGUUGCAUCUAAAUAAUUUUUCUAAAAUAUCUUAAUUCUCUGUAUUUGGAAAUGACAGCACAGCAUUUUUUUAGUAAAAUCCAAUCAUGAAGCUUAGAAGCCUUUGUGUACUCUAAGGAAAAAGUGAUAAUGCCACAGCUCAGAGACAGGGCCACCUUACCUUCCAUGCCUCCUCCUAACAGCUUCAAUAAAGAUCAUCAACUAAUGCAGCACAUGUAACACUCCAGUUGUCUUCCAUUCCUGCCCUGUGUAUCUGGGCUGGAACUGCAGCCAAGGUAAUGUUCAUCCUAUUGUGCUGACUGGGAAAAGCAGCCACAGAGAGAUAUAGCUGAUUACUGGAAGUCAUCAAACCCUACCUGGAUAUUCAUUUACAGAAGAGCUGCAUCAAAUCCUGAGCUCCAAUCUCAAGUUUGCCACACUGUGAGCCAUGUCCAAAACAGUGUGAAACCUCUGAAGGUUCAGUUUGUAAUAUUUUGAUCACUCUGUUUUGCAGAUGGACUGCUUGCAGGAAUGGCCCUGAAGUGUUAAAAAGUCACAGAUGGGUCUAUAAUCAAAGUUCCAGUAUACCUGGUGAAAAACACCUUUACCAACAAACAGAAGUAACAUUUUACCUGCUCAAGUGUUCUGUCAUUACCCUGUUGGUUUGUUGGUGGUUUCUCUCCAGCUGAGUCAGAGUACAUAACAGUUUGUCUCCUGUCUCAUGAGCACACUCAAACCCUGAAGUCUCAAAUCCAGCUGAGCCCUAAGGAGGCUGACAGCCAGCACUCAGUCCCUCCACUUUCUGGCUGUCCCUCAGUCCCAGCCCAGGAUAUCCAUCUGACCCAAGUGCAGCUUGGGGGCUGCAAACCCUCACAGGAACCCAACACAGCACCUGUCUGUUGAAGCCUUGUGUCCAAAGUGUUGAAAUGUGCUUGAGUUUUAAUAAAUGCAAUUUAAGAACCUUCCCUUUGUAGAGCUUUAUUCAUCUUUGGGUUUCACAACUGAGAUCUGUAUUCUAUACAAGAAAAAAAACUGAAGUAGUUUUUACAAAAAAGAUUUACAGUCUAGAAUGUAUUAAGUCUUUAUCCUGCAAGACUACUUAAAUAUUAAUCUACACUUUGAAAAGAAAUAUUAAAUGACACUUGAGAAACCAUGGUUCCUUAAAUAUUUCUCAUUUACAAGCAGAUGUAACCAAGGAAGUGUUGCAACUUCACUGUGAGCACAGGCACCCUCCCAGCUUGGGCCUUUGGAGCUCUACCAGACCCCCACACUCUGUGUGGCUUCUUGCUUUGUUGUUUCAGGUUUUUUAACAACUGACCUUAACUAUUCAGUGUACUGGCACAAUUGUGAAUGGAAAAAAUAAUCCAAUGUAGAUGUUUGAGAUAUUCCUCAAUUCUAAAUAUUUACACCCCACCCCACCCUCACCAUGUACUUCUGUAAAUUGAUGACAAUGAAACUAAACUUCUCAGCAUCGUAUCUGUUAACAUUUAUUCUCUCAGUACAGACUAACAUGACCAAAAAUGCCACUCUCUUAGCAGCCUUCAGACACAACACAGGAUCUACACAACAAAACUCAAAGUAACUUAACUACUGUAAACACACUGUCAAUGCAGCACUGCACACGCCUUUUACUUGGUAUUUACAUCAGAACUGCACCAUUUGCAAAAUCUCUGGAUUCAAAUGAUACAAUUUAAGUACAAAUAUUUCUCAAGCUCAAAACCAUUUUAAUUUACUACUAUUCAGGAGUGCUUGGGGGGAUGCGGGUGUCAUUUACUGUAACAAAAAGUACAAACUGUAGAUAACUGACACUUAUUGCAUUGUGUAAGACACACCACAGCAACAGGUCAGUUACUUCUCCAGGAGAGGAGCAAAUCAUGAAACAAUUACAUUUUACAAGACUAUUUAGUAAGAUCCAAACUCAAGACCAAAUAUUGCCAAAUUAGCACACAGCUGGAGACAGAAGGGCAACAGGCCCCUUUCCAUCAGUAACAAUUGCAAGUACGACUCAUCCCACAUCCUGCUGUAAACCCAGACUCACCCCUGUCUGCAGGAGAAUCUGAGGCCUAAUGUGGAGUCCUCGUUAUGUCUCUAUUCAAGUUCAGCCUUAAAAUUUUAGUCAAGGA